UCUUCAAGAGCUUUGAAUUUUAUUCUAUAAAAUUGUUCUGGUUUUUUUUUUUUUUAAUUCAUUCAAAAAAUUUCUGAAAUACUAAACCCUAAACCCCAAAAAAAUUCUUAAAAUGGAGAUCACAUUGCCUUUAGAUAAACUAUGUCUACCAUCAAUAACCAAUGGGGACAAAAUUUAUGUAGUUUUAGUAGCUACUGGAAGCUUCAAUCCUCCUACUUUGAUGCACUUACGCAUGUUUGAACUGGCUAGAGAUGCGUUGAAUUCAAAUGGGUUUUGUGUUAUAGGAGGCUAUAUGUCACCUGUAAAUGAUGCUUACAAGAAAAAGGGCCUUAUAGCUGCUGAUCAUCGUAUCGAGUUGUGUAAUCUAGCCUGUAAAAGUUCCGAUUUUAUCAUGGUUGAUCCUUGGGAGGCAAAACAAAGCUCUUUUCAGCGCUCUCUAACCGUUCUUAAUCGAGUCAAGAGCUUCUUGAUUGAGGGUGGACUGAUACCUAAGGAAUCCCUUAAAGUCAUGCUUGUUUGUGGUUCUGAUUUAGUUCAAUCUUUCAGCAUUCCCGGGUUUUGGAUCCCUGAGCAGGUUAGAAGUAUAUGCAAGGAUUACGGUGUGGUUUGCAUUCGUAGAGAAGGACAAGAUUUGGAAAAAAUCAUCAACAACGAUGAAAUUUUGAAUGAAAACCAGGAUAACAUUAGAAUUGUCGACGAACUUGUCCCGAACCAAAUCAGUUCAACUAGAUUGAGGGAAUGCAUUUCAAGAGGAUUGUCUAUAAAAUAUUUGACUGUAGAUGAAGUGAUAGAGUAUAUAAGAAAACAGAAUUUGUACUUGAAACCAAAUGAGAAAUGAGGAUUGACUAACUGAUCAGAUUAAUGAACUUUCAAUCCUUUGAAUAAAGAAACUUUCAUUGCAGUGGGAGGAGUUAUAUAUUAUGAUACUCGGAUUCGGGUGCGAGUGUUGUAUAACCCUAUGUUUCAGAUACGAAUAUUUAAAAAUAAAAAUUCCGAGCCACAUAGGUUAUAUGUUUUCAUUUAUAGAGAA